ACGUACUUCCGGCGCGCCGCGCGCCGCGCGCUUCUUGACACCAGCCUCGGUGUCCCGGGGCCGCCUCGGACCGGCACGAUGGGCAAGAAGGGCAAGAAGGAGAAGAAGGGCCGCGGGGCGGAGAAGACGGCUGCCAAAAUGGAGAAGAAGGUGUCCAAGCGCUCACGGAAGGAGGAGGAAGACCUUGAAGCUCUCAUAGCCCAUUUCCAGACACUAGAUGCCAAAAAGACUCAGAUCGUGGAGACGCCCUGCUCUCCCCCUUCACCAAGGUUAAAUGCCUCUCUCUCUGCUCAUCCUGAGAAAGAUGAAUUAAUCCUUUUCGGAGGUGAAUAUUUCAAUGGCCAAAAAACGUUUUUAUAUAAUGAACUCUAUAUCUACAACAUCAGGAAGGACACCUGGACCAAGGUUGAAAUCCCCAGUCCACCUCCGAGGCGCUGUGCUCACCAGGCUGUGGUGGUGCCUCAAGGUGGUGGGCAGCUGUGGAUCUUUGGAGGGGAGUUUGCUUCUCCUGACGGAGAGCAGUUUUACCACUACAAGGAUCUCUGGGUUCUGCACUUAGCCACCAGGACCUGGGAGCAAGUCAGAUCACCAGGGGGUCCUUCAGGCCGGAGUGGACAUCGUAUGGUAGCCUGGAAGAGACAGUUAAUACUUUUUGGUGGUUUCCAUGAGAGUACAAGAGAUUACAUCUAUUACAAUGACGUGUAUGCCUUUGACCUGGACACAUUCACGUGGAGCAAGCUGUCCCCAUCGGGGACUGGGCCCACACCCAGAUCUGGCUGCCAAAUGUCUGUCACUCCCCAGGGCAGCAUUGUCAUCUAUGGGGGCUACUCAAAGCAGAGAGUCAAGAAAGAUGUGGACAAAGGCACCCAGCAUUCAGAUAUGUUCCUGCUGAAGUCUGAGGAAGGACGAGAAGGCAGAUGGGUGUGGACUCGGAUCAACCCUUCAGGCACCAAACCCACUCCCAGGUCUGGCUUUUCUGUGGCCAUGGCCCCAAACAGUCAAACGCUGCUCUUCGGGGGUGUCUGUGAUGAGGAAGAGGAGGAGAGCCUGGAGGGCGACUUCCUCAAUGACCUGUACUUCUACGAUGCCACCAGGAACCGCUGGUUUGCGGGACAGUUGAAGGGGCCCAAGGCAGAGAAGAGGAAGCGGAGGCGGGGCACAAAAGCAGAGCCUGAGGGAGCCAACGAGCAGGAGUGCGGGGAGGCCAGUGCCCAGGCGCCCCGAGAGGUGGUCAGAGAGGUGGUCACAGAGGACGGAACAGUGGUCACCAUUAAGCAGAUGCUCACGGCCCCAGGCCCAUCAAAACAGCCACAGGCGGAUGAGGACGAUAGCCCAGAGGAAGCAGGCGGCCCCUUGGUGGAGCCCCGCCCCCGCUCCAAUGCCAUGCUGGCCGUGAAGCAUGGCCGACUCUACCUCUUUGGGGGCAUGUUUGAGGCCGGUGACCGCCAGGUCACCCUCAGCGACUUCUACUGCCUUGACCUGCAUAAAAUGGACCAGUGGACGGUCUUGGUGGAGGCGGAUCCAGAAACACAGGAGUGGCUGGAGGAGACUGACUCGGAGGACAGCGAUGCUGCUGAGGGCGCUGAGGGCGGAGAGGAGGACGAGGAGGACGAGGAGGAAGAGGACAGCAGUGAGGAGGACCAGGAGCCACAGCACCCCUUGGUGACGCCUGGUGAGCAGUUUGCAGACUACCUGCCUAGGACUGAGCAGUAUUGGGUGAGGCUUGCCCGAGACGAUGCUGGGUCAGAAGCAAAGGAGAAGAGAGUGCUGAAGGUAGCCCAUGCCAUGGCAAAAGCUUUCUUUGAUGACUCAGCAUGAACCGUCAGCCUGGACCAAAAGUUAAACUGAGUGAGGUUGUCUUCCCUCCCCGUCACUGGUGUGAUUUAAAAUAAACUGGACUUGGAACAAG